UGCUGUGAGCGAAAAGCGAGAACAAAAAAAAAACUAUUUCCUUUCGUUCUUUUUCAGGCUCACGCUUCUUUCAACGUGUUCUGUGUUUUUCCAAGUUUUUUUUUGGAUUUUUUUUUGAAAUUUUUUGAAAUUUUAACAACCAAAACAAUGCCCGAAACAAAAGAUCCAACUUAUUCGGUUCAAGUAUUUGGCCGUAAAAAAACAGCAACAGCCGUUGCUUAUUGUAAAACUGGUCGUGGUUUGAUUCAUGUUAAUGGCCGUCCAUUAGAUAUGAUUCAACCACAAAUGUUGAAAUAUAAACUUUUGGAACCGAUUCUUUUGUUAGGACAAGAUAAAUUUGCACAGGUUGAUAUUCGUGUUCGUGUACGUGGUGGUGGUCAUAUUGCACAAAUCUACGCUAUCCGUCAAGCCAUUUCACGUGCAUUAGUUGCCUAUUAUCAAAAAUAUGUUGAUGAAUCAUCAAAAAAAGAAAUCAAAGAUAUUCUUAUUCAACAUGAUCGAUCAUUAUUGGUAAGCGAUCCACGUCGUAUGGAACCGAAAAAAUUUGGUGGUCCUGGUGCACGUGCACGUUAUCAAAAAUCUUAUCGUUAAUCUCACAACUACAUUCACA